UACCAGGCUGGAACUUAUUCAGUUUGUUUGUGCCGAAAGUCAAUGAUAUCACAAUUCUGAAAUUGUAGACUGUAGUUUGUUUACAAUCAAAGAAAAGCGAUUUACCGAGUUACAUUUCAUACACUUACAGUUAACAGUCUUCGUUCUCUGUAAAGUUUUGUAAUAAUUCCGAGAUGUCAAAUUUUCCGCCGACCCCUACUAACCCUAAUGUUCAAAAUAGAUUUGGUCAAUACCCGAAUCAAACGUACCCGAUGCAACAAAGGCCAGGCAUGUAUCAACAAGGUGGUCCAAUACCUCAAGGUGUACCACCCAAUGCCAUGAUGGGAGCCCGUGGACCCCCCGCUCAAGGAUUUAGCCCUAUGAGACACGGUGCUGGUCCAAUGGUACCGAAUCAGCCAACUCCUGGCAAGCGUCCUGCUGAUAAUCGAAAUCCACCUCCCAUGGUCAAAGGUGAUUUUCCUCACAACAUACAAGUUCAAAAUAGCAGUAUUGGAAUGAGCAAAAAAAAGAAAAAAUUGGCAGAUAAAAUAUUGCCCCAAAAAGUAAGGGAUCUUGUUCCAGAAUCACAAGCAUAUAUGGAUCUUUUGGCAUUUGAAAGAAAAUUAGAUUCAACAAUCAUGAGAAAACGAUUAGACAUACAAGAAGCAUUAAAGCGCCCAAUGAAACAAAAACGUAAAUUGCGUAUAUUUAUAUCAAACACAUUUUAUCCAGCAAAAGAACCUGGAGAAAAUGAAGAAGGAAGUGUUGCUUCUUGGGAAUUAAGAGUUGAAGGACGUUUAUUAGAAGAUUCCAAAAAUGAGCCAAAUAAAAUAAAAAGAAAAUUUUCUUCUUUCUUUAAAUCACUGGUAAUUGAACUUGAUAAAGAUCUAUAUGGGCCUGAUAACCAUUUAGUUGAAUGGCAUCGAACUGCAACUACUCAGGAAACUGAUGGAUUUCAAGUGAAACGACCUGGGGAUAAAAAUGUACGCUGUACUAUUUUAUUGCUUCUUGAUUAUCAACCAUUGCAAUUUAAAUUGGACCAACGUUUAGCUCGACUUUUGGGUGUUCAUACCCAAACUAGACCAGUUAUUAUAAGUGCUCUCUGGCAGUUUAUAAAAACUCAUAAGCUACAAGAUUCACAUGAAAAAGAAUAUAUCAACUGUGAUAAGUAUUUGGAACAAAUAUUUAAUUGCACUCGUAUGAAAUUUGCUGAAGUCCCACAGAGACUUAAUACUUUACUUCAUCCUCCUGAUCCUAUUGUAAUUAAUCAUAUUAUAAGUGUUGAGGGCGUUGAACAAAAACAAACUGCAUGCUAUGAUAUUGAUGUUGAAGUAGACGAUACUUUAAAAGCACAAAUGAAUAAUUUCUUAUUAUCCACUGCUAGCCAGCAAGAAAUACAGAGCCUAGAUAACAAGAUCCAUGAAACAGUUGAAACAAUCAAUCAAUUAAAGACAAACAGAGAAUUCUUUUUGAGUUUUGCUAAAGAUCCUCAACAAUUUAUAUACAAAUGGAUAAUUUCACAAACAAGAGACUUAAAGACGAUGACAGACGUAGUUGGAAAUCCAGAAGAAGAGCGAAGAGCAGAAUUUUAUUAUCAACCAUGGACGCAAGAAGCUGUUAAUCGAUAUUUCUAUUCCAAAGUUCAACAGAAAAGGGCAGAACUUGAACAUCAGUUGGGUAUUCGUAACUCAUAAAAUAAUUAUGUAAUAUAUUUUACUAUUAUUUGAUUUAAGAUAGUAUUUGAUGUAAUAGACUUAUUAUAAUUAUAAUUAAGUCGAUAUAACCAUAGACCUGUAAACUAGUUACUUUGUAAACUAGUUACUGUUAACUAGUUAGUUUACAGGUCUAUGGAUAUAACCAAUGUAUGACCUCUCUUGAUAUUAUAUAUUAAUUAUUUGUACAUUUUUUUAAGUCUAUUUAAUUAGUAGUAAAAUAUUUUUUAUCUUUUUGUAUGUGCUAUAAAUCUAUUAAAAAGCAGCAUACAUUUUUUAUAUGUACUAAUUAUUUAAAAUUAUUUCAAUUUAAUUUUAAGAAUAUUGGGAAUAGUUAUUAGGGUAGUAUUUUAAUUAUUGUAUUUUCAAAACUUAAAUUAUGAUAUCUAAUAUUCUUACAAUUACUUUUUAUUAUUUUUAUUUGUGUAUAAUAUAAUAUCAUAUUCUAACUAAUUUAUAUUUAUUCUUCUCACUGAAAGAUUUUUAAUAAGUGUAUGAAAAUUUAUACAAGUAUUAAUAUCUGACCGAGGUUAAAUGAAUGCGAGUUUAUCUGGUUUAAAUCAUUAAUCACAAUUUCAUCUCUUAUUAUUUAUACAUUAUUUAAUCAAAUAAAAUUUGAUUUUCUUAGGUAUACUAUAUUGUAUAUUUAACGAAAAUUUAGUUAUACUUUGUAGACAAUUUAGUUACAAUAAGGGAUCAUCUUAGGCCUCAGCACUAAAAACAAAAUAGCUAUAAUCUUCAAACUGUAUAUUAUAUUAUACGUUUAUAUAUUCAUGA